UGUGUAGUACCGUUUACAACCAGUUAGCUGCAUUAGCCUUAACCACUGGUUAACAGUUAAGCUAUAUAACGUUAUUUACGUUUAGCUAUUAAAACCAUUAAGCAAAUAACGGUUAUCCCUAUCGACUUCCAUAUAGUUAAUAGAAAGAUACAGCACAAUAGUCGUUUAUGAUUUAUACCAAGGUUUGUGGAGUGAUGGCCAAACUACUGUUGCUAACUUAGCUUAUUUUUGACAAACGCAUAACCUUACUAGACUUUCCUCUUCCGCGCGCUGCCAAUUUCCUAUUAGCUGAUUGGUGCCUGUGCAAACAGGGCCGCCUAUAUGAUUGGUCAAAUGUUAUAUCAAUCAUUUUUAAUUCGUUCCCUAUUGGCUGUAUGUCGUGUAGUAAAUAACGUUCGGGAUACACAACAAAAGCUCUCUUCCACUGUCAUCGAGAAUGUGGUGGGUUUGUAAAAUAAACGCGAAGUUACUAUGUUUUUAGUCAGAACGUUAAAUUUGAAUGAUAAAUAGAUGUUCAUAGAGCAUAACGCAGAAGCGUAAUUUAUAUUCUUAAAGGGAAUUUCUGGCAUUUGAAGUAACUUUGUGUGUAGACAAGUAAACUCGGAAGAGUUUAGUAAUGGGGCCGUCGUCUUUUUGUUAGCUAAGUAAUCCACUCAGAUUAACACGUCAGUCUAGAUAUGAUUUGGGGUGCACGAGGUAAACCAAGCCCACGUUGAAACUGUGUGCGCUUUCUUGUGGUCGUUGAUGUCUCAUCGGUCACCUCCAAAGGUUGCUAUGAAUUCCAGUGGACCUGUGCUCACAAAGCAGAAUCCCUUCCCACCAGCACCGAAAGUGAGGACGGCACACUACCACCCAUCCAGCAACCAACCCCUUUCAAAGAAAGAGAAAAAAACUACACGAAGUCCUGUACGUUUAAACCAGCGAUCCAGAACAAAGUUACAUAAUCUAAACCAAGAGAGCCAGCAGCUGUCUAAGAAGCAUGACCGUUUUUCCUCCAUUGAUGGACAACCUGUUCUUAAAGAGUCCCAGGCCUCCACUGUCUUUGAAUUCUGUCCUGAUAGAAAUACUGCCUCAUCUGACAUGGACGAACCCAAACAAUCUGGAAAAAUGGGGAAUUCCAGUGUUUCCCAAGUUCAAGGAUGCCAGGAGGAUUCUUUGCUGGCAAAAUAUGUAGAGCGUUUUCGCCAUGGUCGGCCACAGAGUCGAGAGGAGCGCCAUCAGGUGGCUUCUGCAAGUGGAGAAGAGCAGGCACCUUUUUGGUGGAUGUCACAUUCAUCUCUCAGCAGUUCAACACCAACUAAAACAGCAGACGAAGAUGUUAUCCAACUUCUGAAAGAGGACCAGGAUGCUGCUCUUUAUGAUCCAUCUGCACAGCGUGACCAUAACAGAUCCCCUUCUCCCUACAGAGGAUCCAAUAGUCUUUUGUCCGACACAUCCCAGGGUGAUUUUGAUGACAGGGAGAUCCUGCACCUUCAAGAAAAGGCCAGCAGACUUCUUCUGAGGGGUGAAUGUUCUGUGAGUGAUGGAUCUGUCCCUGUCAGCUCAGAGGGGCUGGGAUGCUCAGAUUUCUCCUCUCCCAUCAGUAUAGAUGAGCCAGUGAAGCAACCUUUGAUUCCCAGUUUAUUCAAAAAUACUACUGCAAAGGCCAGCUCAGACUCAGCUCAUGGUGUGUCCUUCCAAAAAUCUGUCAUGCCUUCUUUGGUGCCUCCUACCCGUCCAGAGGAAGACAUAUUGUUCCAGUGGCGUUUAAGGAGGAAAAUGGAGCAAGCCAGAGAGAGGCCCCUGUCUGUGCAAGCCUCCAGUCCUCAUGCAUUUGGUUGGCAGUCCACGAGGUUAAGCUAUUCCUCCAUCAGUGAACAAGCUUACAAGGAACAGCAGGGUACCCAACCCCCUCAAUUCUCACAAAGAGAUACUCAUUCACACAUCACUGCUGCCCAGCCAGAAACCACUGAGGCCCAGAGGUUCUGUCCCCCAGCUCCAGGCCCUUCGCUAUUCCCCACCAUCAAUGUUUCUGGUUCAGUCCCUCAGCCGCAGAGCAUUGCCCAUGUUCCUUCCCACAUGCAUUUUCUCUGUGACGUCUUGCCAUGUCCCAUCCAGUCAUCUCAUGCCAAAGUGCACCAGAGCAUUUCACAAAGGUUAGAUGAGUCACAAACCAAAGUUCUUCACAAAAAGACCCAAGUCCCUGAAAGCCUUGGAGAAUUAACUCUUUGUGAACGCAUGUCACUCACUCUACCUGCGCCAUCUGAGAGAGAGUGGCCUGAUCACCAAAAAAUGUCUGAGAAGAACAAGAAAAAGAAAAUGGGGAUGAAGCAAUCAGAGGUAAAUGGGAAGGAGGAAGCAGCACUUGCUAGAAAGCAAAAGAAAUCAGCAAGGAAUUCAUUACAUCAAAAGCUUCCCAAAAAGGUCACAUCAUGUAAAGAGCAGCAGCAACCAGAGAGAAGACAGGAGCUUCCCAGUGAAAGCUGUGCUGGUGAUCAUGAACCACCACCAUCUCCUGUCCGCAAUGCAUUAGGACAGGUAGUUUCAGAGGUACUGUUUCCUACGGUGGAUUCCUCUUCUCCAAAAAAGAUUCCUGUUUCAUCUGAUUCUCCUUCCUGCACCGUCUCUGCACCUUCACCACCGCCAAUUCCUCCAAGCAAUGCGCUGAACUCUAUGGAGGUCAUUUCACAGCUGCUGCAAGAGGCCGAAGAUUCGGAUGAAGAAGAGUUUGGAGAUGAUCCUUUGUUACAAGUUCUUCGCAAACAGAGAAAAUGGGUGAAGGAGCAGAUCAGUGAGGUGGACUCCAUCUUAAAUGAAUUCGUGGAAGAACAACAAGUUACUUGAAGAACAUCAAGAGACAGUUUGUGUAGUCACAUUUAUUUAUUUUUUUAUUUUAUAAAGAAAUAAAGUUAAUUUAUAUUUUUGAGGACAUUUUUCUACAAUAAAGGUUGGAGAUGUGUCUCAGUGGAUUAUUAUUCACAACACUGUGCAUGUACAAAAGUUGCACACAAAAAGCAGGAGUUGGAAAUGCUAACAGAGAAUAUUUACAAAGUAGAGUGGUUACUUGAAACAUUAUGUAACAUUGAGUACUAGCAGAGCAGUAUAUACAAACCUUGGAGUGCAGGGAACAUUAGAACCGUGCCAGGAACAGAGCAGAUGUGUGUUUUGGCAUAUACCAAGUUCUGCUGGGAGUGCAGAAGCUUGAAGUUAUUGCCGUUUUUGUCAGUGACCAUAAAGGCUUCCGCUGAUUUAUUUUUGUGUACGGUAAGGAUGGCAGAGGUUUUAGUGUCGCCUGUUAGUGCAAUUUAAGUAAGAGGUGUGUAGCUCUGAGUGUGCAGCAUAGGUGCAGAUAUGAUAAGGAUCCCAUCUGGAGAGACCGCCGACUCCAAAGCCAUGGUGUCCACUCCUUUUGGAAUGCGGUAGCGACGGUUAAACUGCCGUGUUGUAAAUCCAGGACCGUCCUUCUAACAUAAAAGAGAUGAAAAGUGAGACGUGUAACACAAAAAUGGAGAAAAAAUAUCCAUGUACCUCAGCAUACCAACCUUUCUCUCUUCAUGCUUUCCUUGCACUUCUACAAAGUCUCCUAUGACUUUGACGAUCAGGUCCUCUGGGUUGAAAUGUUUCACAUCAACUUGAACUGUAAAUCCGCUGUCAUCACAGGUCACCUAACAACAGGAGUCAACACUUCUGCAUGAUUAAACAAGACAUAAAGUUCUUUACAGCAGCCUGCACUCAGUAGAUAUCCUUAACCAUAUUUCAGUGUGGGGAAACUGAAAACAGCUUUUCAAUAAGAUGUGGAUCUGACUGAAAGCUCAGAAAAAUGUAAAGGACUCCUUUUUUUCCUUUUACUUUAAGCCAGGGGUUGUCAAACAUGUCCAGGGGCCAGAAUUGGCCUGACAAAGACUCCAGUCUGAUCCGCUGAACUUCUUUUGAAAAUGUGGAGGGGAUACUUUUUACCUGUAUUUUUGGUGGUUUAACAGCUUUUACUCCUGAUAAAUACCUCCCUCAUGGCCAUUAUUUCUGCACUAAAGUAUUAAAAAUAAAUAAAUCUGUGAA